CAAGCAAAGCAAUAUAAUAUCUCUCGUGUAGAGGAAACCAUAAAGGGUUACUGCAACAACUAUUUUUAUUUUCAAUAUAGUAUAUGAUUACACGUACACACAAAAAAUCAUGGUCAUCACCAUCUACAUACACUACACGAGUGAUCAAUUACAUAAACAAAUAAUCACUAAUAAAUAAAUCGAAAUCCUAAUCAACUAAAGCAAGAAUUCAACAAAAUAAAAAAUAUCUUUAUAAACAAACACGUCUAAGCUAAAACCAUGGAGACUAAGAUUCCAGCAAGAGAUGUAACGGCAACGAAGGUGUUGGUGAUAGAGAAUGCAGCAGAGGGUGCAUCAGCUUCUCCUGGGUUUGAUGCUGGACCAUUAGUUCCUGGUGCUGGUGGAGAAGAAGUGUUUGGGGUUGGUGAUGAAGGAGAGGGUGCUGGAGAAGAAGUGGUUGAAGGAGAGGGAGUUGGAGAAGAAGUUGUUGAAGGAGAGGGUGAUGGAGAAGUAUUUGUGGAGGGUGAUGGAGCAGGUGCUGAAUUAGGUGAUAAAGAUCGGGUAGGUGUGGGUGCAGGAGCUUGCUGUGCUAUGCAUGAGGUAGCCAACAACCCCAAUAUCAAAAACACUUUGAUUGCAACAGAAACCAUAUUGUUUUGAUAGAGAAGAAUGUUGAAUGAAAAUAUAUAUAUUUUUGAGAGAAAGAGAAGAAGGGGUUGAGCAAGGUUAUUCAGAUUCCUUCAAAUUGAUUUGUGUAUUGUCCAAUUGCAUAAC